AUGUCGCUCCCGAACCGUCCUGUCAUUUUGAUCUCACUCGCCACCGCCUAUGGCGCCACAGCCUGGUCUCGGCGCGCCGGAGCCUCGACUCUGAACGCUGGCGACGCCCCCGGCCCGUCUGCUCUGACUUCCGCGUGCUUUUUUGCCGGGACCUUCGUCUGCGCCUAUUUGUUUCAAGCGAUCGCCUUUGGCAUCUGGUCCAUCUUCCUUUACCCCUUUUAUUUCUCGCCGUUGCGGCACUUGCCACAGCCAAAGUCCGGCAACAUCUUUCUCCUUGGCCAGUUCCCGCGUAUCCAACGGGAGGCCACGGGCAAGCCAGCGCUUGACUGGAUCAACUCCAUUCCCAACGAUGGUCUUAUCCGCUACCUCGGCCUCUUUAACCAGGAACGCUUGAUCAUCACCAAACCCAAGGCACUUGCUGAGGUUCUCGUGUCCAAAAACUACGACUUUAUCAAGCCUACUGUUGUGCGCCAUGCUCUGUCACGCAUCCUGGGCGUCGGCGUCUUGCUGGCCGAGGGCGACGAACACCGCUUCCAGCGCAAGCUGCUCGCUCCAGCCUUUGCCUUCCGCCACGUCAAGGACCUAUAUCCCAUUUUUUGGAGCAAGGGCCGCGAGAGCGUUGUUGCUAUGCGCCGCCACAUUAACGCCCAGCGCAAUGCCGCGCCCGCGAAUGCGCCCGUUGAAGACAGCACUCGCCUCGAAAUCAACAGCUGGGCUUCACGUGUCACCCUCGACAUUAUCGGCACUGCCGGCCUGGGCCGCGACUUUCGCGCCCUCGAUGACCCCAACAACAAGCUGACCUCCACGUACCGCUCCAUGCUCAAUCCCACUGGCGCCGCGCGCUACUUGGCCAUCCUGGGCCUCAUUUUCCCGCGCUGGCUCGUCACGGCCCUGCCCUUCCGCCGCAACACUGACAUUGUCGACGCCAGCCGCUUUCUGCGCCAGACCUGCGCCGAUUUGGUUCAGGAGAAAAAGGCCAAGAUGCAGGCCAGCAAGGGCGCCGAGGCCGACUCCAAUGCUCCGCGUGCCACCGAUGUCGACAUUCUGUCGGUAGCUCUCGAGUCCGGCGGCUUUUCCGACGAAAAGCUGGCCGACCAGCUCAUGACGUUUUUGGCCGCUGGCCAUGAAACCACAUCGUCCGCCAUGACCUGGGCCGUUUAUCUGCUGUGCGCCUACCCGGAAGUGCAGGACCGUCUUCGCGCCGAGAUUCGCUCCAGCCUGCCCGGCCUCGGCGACGACCUCGAACUGGAUCCCAGCCUGAACGAUGUAGCAAGUACCACUCCCCGCCGCGACAUUGCCUCUACGGACUUGGACCACUUGCCCUACCUCAAUGCCGUCUGCAGCGAGGUCCUCCGCUACUUUGCGCCCGUGCCGGCCACCAUUCGCGAAACUGCCGUCGACACGUCCAUCCAGGGUCAGUUUGUGCCAAAAGGCACCCGCGUCAUGCUCGUCCCCUGGGCUGUCAAUAGGAGCGAGGAACUCUGGGGCCCCAAUGCGCUCAAGUUCGACCCGGAGCGCUGGCUGCGGACCGAUGCGGGCGGGCCGGGCUCCGGCGCGGCGAACGGCGGCGCUUCCAACUAUGCCUUUUUGACCUUUUUGCAUGGCCCGCGCAGCUGCAUCGGCAUGCAGUUUGCGCGUGCCGAGUUUGCCUGCCUGCUGGCGACGUGGAUCGGCCGCUUCCAGUUCCGCCUCCAAGACCUGGCGGAUCUGGACGAGAACAGCCUCGAGAUCCAGGGCAAUGUGUCGGCAAGGCCCAAGAAAGGUAUGCACGUGUUUGCGACGCCGCUGGACGGGUGGUAG